AUGGAUUACUUCGACAACCAAGGGCGACGGCCUGAUGACGCCACCGUCCCAUGCACCGACCCGAUGAUCAAUCCCGAUAUGAGGACAACCACCACUACGGGUAAUAAUCUCAUGAAUAACAACACAGUAGAGGCUUCCUCACAAAGGCGUCGUAAUGAUGGUCAGUUCGCAUCAAGGGAAGAAUGCGAAAGGCUACUUGCCCCGCCCUCUCGCAACAACUCACCGCUGACUGGCCCAGCUUCAGAAUCUUGGGUCGAGAUCGCCUCGCAGCCAUCCUCGUCGUCUCUUUCCUCCAUCGGCGACGAGAUCGUCACAACCGGUCUGCGCGUCCAUCGUCGCCGACACCAACUACACAGCCGUCAACCCCACAGCCAAACCAGCAACAGAAGCGCGAUGCCGCAGUCGUAUCUAGUCAGCCAUACCGCUGCACGGGGCAACACAAGUAGUCAGGAGGACAUCGGUACAGAGAGCGAGUCAGAUACAUCACCUUUGCACUUGGGGUCCCGACAGCAGACAGUCAUGACCGUGGAGAACCCAUCUUCAGGCUAUGAUGACGACGAUGAUGAUUCGGGCGACGAGAACGCCACGGCUCUGGGACGGCCUGCCCCACCGGCUUUCAGGCCGCAACCAAAUGCCUUCUCACAUCCUCCCAGUCACCUCACCCACAGGCACUCAACUCCUUCGUACUCUAGCAGUGGUUUGAACCCGCACGAGCGCGUCUCGGGCUACCGGAGCAGGCGGUCUUCGUACUCGCGGGGCUCGCACCAACGGCCAAACUUCAUGUCGCCCAGUUACAGGGAGGACAACGAUGCAGCACUGCGAGCGUCUCUGACAACGCUGCUUUCGUGCGCGGCGGCCGCGCGGGCGCUGCCCAAGCGCAAUGGCGAGCCCGAGGCCGUCGUCGCGGGCCCUUCAUCCAACGUGGCCGCCCUGCAGCCGAUGGGGCUGCGGCUCGUGCCCGAGACGGAGCUCAUGCGCGGGCCAGAUGUGUCUCCACGAACGACAUCUCCCCCGGAGCCCUCAAAGGCGCAGGCGCAGACACAGCCUUCGGUGACGCGGACGCCGUCGUCGACAUCGGAUCGCAGCGCCGACAAGGUCAGCAAGCGAUCGCAAAAGUCGGCAUCUGGCCCUAGCAGAGCGACCAAGAAGAAGCGGACUUCCGAGUCGGCUGCAGAUAAUCUGUCGGUCGCUGCGACGUACUACAUCAGCCCGACUCUGAUGACGUGGGUGGUCGGUGCCGGGGUUGUCGUGCUGGUGUCAGUUGUUGGGUUCGGCGCGGGCUACGUGAUUGGCAGAGAGGUCGGGCGGCAGGAGGGUGCCGGCGCGAUCGUGGGCGGAGUGGGCCGCACCGGCAACGCCACGGGCUCGUGCGGGCGCGAGAUUGUGCAAGGUACCGGCACACUGAGGCGGUUCAGGUGGGGGAGCAUGGGCAGGAGCGUGGUGGCCUGA